UUCUUCGGCUGUAGAUGUCGCCAUGGAGGCGAAAUCAUGCUAGCUUGUUAUGACUCGCGAGUAGAAGACGCAGCUGUCAUAUGCUGCAAGAAGAGUCCUUCGAAGCCUAGCUGUAUAAGUGAAGAUUAGGUCGUAAAAUGUGCAUUUCCUUUCCUUUAUAUGCAAACAAGUAAGGUACCCGUUCGUGUUCCUCUCGUCCUCGUCGCGGGUGCAUCGUGCUCCUCGUGUUUGGACUCUGCGUGUUACCGGGGAGACGCUGAGGAAAAAGCCGCACUCAGGAGCAACGUGGUCGAUGAUUAAAGAGCCCCAUUUAGUAGUGUUAAAUCACAUACACAUUGUUUUUACAACCCCGAAGUGAAACGGGAGUCAUCUUAAAAUCGGACAUGGUCACCACCAAGGAAACAGUUCUGAACCCCAAUGCCAAAGUGUGGCAGGAAAUUCCUGCCCUCCAGAAUGACAUUUCUGAGGGGACAGACAACUCCUCUUGGCUGCAGACCUACCCUCACAACUCUGACAUGACUGAAGAAUACCCUGAUGUUCUCGCUCCUGGGGGAAAGGGAUGCGACUCUGACAUGCCCAACAACACUGAUUAUUCCUGUGUGCCCACAGAGUGCAUUGUGAAUGAUAUUGACCAAUUUGAUGUAGGGUUUUUAGCCCCAAACCCUAAAACUGAGGCAACUGUUGAAGUCAUACAAGAACAACCGAUGUCUCAGAGUCAAAGAGAAACUUUAAAGAAAAAACUAGAGUUCUGCUUUUCAAGAGAGAACCUGGCAAAUGACCAGUACUUGAUAUCGGAGAUGGACAGUGAGCAAUUUGUGCCAAUAUGGACCAUAGCGUGCAUGGAGGACAUCAAAGCCCUCACUACUGACAUGGAUCUCAUUGUGGAUGUACUGAGAGAAUCGCCGUUGGUUCAAGUUGAUGAAGCUGGAGAGAAAGUUCGUCCCAAUCACAGUCGCUCCAUAAUUAUCCUGCGAGAGGUGCCAGAGACUACACCAGUAGCGGAGGUGGAAGGACUUUUUAAAAGUGAACAAUGCCCGAAUGUGUUAAGUGCUGAAUUUGCACACAACAGCAACUGGUACAUUACUUUUCAGUCCGAUAUGGAUGCACUUAAGGCUUACAGAUAUCUACGAGAGGAAGUGAAAAUAUUUCAGGGAAAGCCAAUCAUGGCCCGCAUCAAGGCAAUAAACACAUUCUUUAGUAAGCCAGGCUUCAGCAGUGUGGACCCCAGUGUGUACAACCAGCCAACCCAGCCCCCGGUUGCUUAUGGCUCCCCUUUAUACAUGCAGCAGGUGUACAGUGCUCAGCAGCAAUACCCCGUCUAUCCAGCUCUGGCCCAACCCUGGAAUGCUACAUCAAUACCUUACUUUGAAACACCUCUGGCACCAUUCCCAAACAAUGGAUUCAUGACUGCUUACAACAGCGUGGGGAACUUUAAAUCGAAUUCAAACUCUAAUCCAGCUGUGGGCAGGAACCGGAAUCAUUUGAAGGGAUACUUUCGGCCUGGUGACACACUCGUAUCCCCUCCAGUGGCUCCCCCACCCCUAAUGGAUGGCUUGUUGAGGCCCUUGACCUCACAGCCCCUUCAGACACCAUCAACUUUGAUUACCACUGCUUCAGUCAACCUUUCCUCACUACGCCCUAAAACCAGUUCUUUGAAGGACAAUAUGCCAAGUGCCGAUCUGAACGGUGAUCUACGAGCUAGAAAGAGUAACAACUACAGGGGCAUGAGAAAGAAAAGAGAGGAUGACCAUACCACGCAGAAGCCCACUCCUGUGACAGAAGUCGAUGUGCCGCCUCCACCAAAGUUUGACCUGGCAGCUUCCAAUUUCCCUCCAUUGCCAGGAUGUGUAGUUAGCGUAACGGAAGACAAGACACCAGAGAUGCGUUUGUCUGAUGUUGUACGCGGUCUAAAAGUGACCAAUAAAGUUGCAUGCAACAAGGUUAAUGAACAUAAACCUUCAAACAUCUCAGAGCCUCCAGUUCCAAGUCCUGUUAGUUCAGAUGUGACGCCUAGUGCAGGUGUGACACAGAAACCUGCCCAGCCUGUUACAAGCUUGACUUCCCUGGUCAAAGAGGUGGAGGAGACAAAUAUUAACAUAACAAAUGAAAUAGUGUCAUCCAUCAAGGCUGUUAGUCCAACAGAGCAGGCUCCUCCCCUUUGUAGUCAUGCCAUCUCCGAAGAAGCAUUUCCUCCAUUUCACAGCUCCGAAGAGGAGCCAAAAAAGCUCAGCUAUGCUGAAGUGUGCCAACGGCUGGCUAAGGAUGGACCAUCAGCACAGACACCUACCCCAGUUCCCCCGCCGUCUUCGGCUGUUCAGCCCCUUCAAGAGCUCAAGGUUAACAGAGGGGAGGAUCCAAGAGCCAGUAACAGGCACGCAACAGAUAUAUCAGACAAACAUGGGGACAACUGCCUUCCUCGUCAAGCCUCGCACACUUAUUACGGCUUUAACCGUACUGCCCGAAGUGGAGGUGCAGGGUUAAAGAUUUGGGACCAUCCCAGAAACACUGGGGGAAGCAAAACUUUUUCCCCUCCGCGAGGAAUCAGGAGGAGUGGCAAGGAACAGAACAUUCCUCCAAGGUCACCAAAAUAACUGAACAAUCUUUAAAACUUGAUAAACUGAGACACGUGUCAAUAUUUAAUGUAUAAAUAUAUAUUUAAAAAUGACUGUAAACAGGAAUAUGUUAGGUUUAAGCUGCUUCGGACAGAAAUGUAUCACGGCUUGUGCGAGUCAGGUUUUAGUUCUCCGUGGUGUAUUAGUUCUGCUCAGUUCUUGAGUUAUCACAGUCUGCAACAUGAGUACUUUAAUAGGUCCCUACUCAUUUUUGUUGCGCAAGUAGCGAGGAUCAGUGGCUUUGCAGCUGAGGCAACGGUGAAUUCAAAUAGAAAAUUGUUUGAGCUACAGACUUGAAGUUGUAGUUGAAGUUGCUGCUGGAAGGUUACAAUUAUUUGUCAUAUGGUUACAAUUAGGGCUGCAGCUAUCGAUUAUUUUAGUAGUCGAUUAAUCGAUGAACUAGUUAGUUCGAAUAACCGAGUAAUCGGAUAAGGAACAUAAAAAAUUAAAAUACCUUAGUUGAGCCUCAAACAGUAUAGAAAAUAAGAAUCUAGUUACAACAAAAGAACAAUUGACUAACUUGCAUAGUAAAACUCCGCUUGCUUAAGUGCUAUAAAAUACUUUUUUUUUUUUUUAAUU